AUGUCUAGCAAUUCAUUACUAUUUUCUAUCAAUAAUGAAGGCAAAGUUUACGCUUUAUCAACAAGUGGAUCAUGUUGGAGAGAAUUUAUGUAUUUGGGUUUGGAAUUUAAAACUUUAUCAGCUGUACCUCAUCAUUUAUGGGCUGUGGGGGGAGAUCGACAAAUCUAUUUACAUGUGCAUGGUUUAGAAAUACCUAUUCGCGUUAGAGAAGAAUCCUAUGAAAAUGAGAGAUGGUUGCCAUUGGAAGGAUUUAGUGGAAGGUUACUCCCUACAGACAGAUACCACUUUUCAUCACAAGAUGGCACAAAGGAUAGAUCAAUUGAUAGAAUUAGGCUUCCCUCUAUGGCUUGGCAGUGGGAAGGUGAUUGGCAAUUGGAACUCACUUUAGAUGGACAACCAUUGGAUCAUGAUGGGUGGACAUAUGCUGUCGAUUUCCCAGCACAGUUUGGCUCUAAUAAACAGUGGAAGUCUUGUGUGAGAAGACGAAAAUGGAUAAGGUACAGAAAAUUUAGUGCUAUGAAUUCAUGGUGUGCCAUUGCUCCAUUACACAAAGACCCAACACAGGAACCAUUUAUAGAUGUUAGUAUUGGUGGAAUUCAGAUUCCCUAUGCUUCUCCAGGAACUUUAUCAGUAUGGGCUAUUACUUCCCAUGGCCGUGUUAUGUAUAGGGCUGGUGUCAGUACUACAUCCCCUGAGGGAUUGAAGUGGAUUAACAUAAGUAUUCCUCCUAAUUGUGAUAUAAAACAAAUUUCAGUUGGUCCUACUGGAUUGGUGUGGGCCCUUUUAUGGACAGGGAGAGCAAUAGUUAGAAAAGGGAUCACUAAAGACUGUCCUACAGGUGAAGGUUGGAUGGAAGUUAAAUCUCCCAAUGAAACUAAAUUGAUUUCUCUCUCUGUAGGAUACAAUGCUGUAUGGGCUGUUAGCUCAGACACUCGUGUGUGGUUCAGAAAAGGUGUGGAGGGCAAUGGAGCUGGUGUAUCAGAGUCUGCUGCGUUAGGAAGUGGAUGGCUUGAAAUUACGGGAAAUAUGAGCCACAUAUCUGUCGGUAUUAAUGAUCAAGUAUUUGCUAUUGGAGAUUCUGAUAAAAGUAUUUAUUGGCGCAGUGGUAUAACACCUGCAGAACAAACUGGGAAAAGGUGGCGAAGAGUGCAAGCAAACAUGCAACUGAGUCGUACCUCUAGUUCAGCCAGUGUAGUGUCAUCUAAUUCUAAUGCCAAACAUCAUAGUCUUAGCAUGUUGAAUGAAUCUACAACAGAGCGCAAGUCACACAUUAAUUUACAUAAUUCAUGGGAAGAAUCACAUUCAGCCCCUAUUGAACACACCUUGCCUAUUAAGCCAAAAGAAGCAAAUAAAAAGAGAAAUGAAAAUACUGAGAAUAUAGACUUAACAGGCAAGAGUUAUGAAACAACAUUAAAAAAUCCUCGGGCUUGGAGCCCAGUAAGGAGUGUUGGCUCUGUUGUAGGAAUGGAAGCACAACCAGAUAGUGACAGCAGUGUUUUUGAUGUAGACUCUGGAAUGUUUUUUGAUGACGAAGUUAGUCAAACUGCUUGGGGUACCUGUGAAACAAUGUGGGCUUUUGUAGAAGCUGGAGCUUGUUCUGUAGAUGUAAUGCAAAUUCCCCAUUGGUUCUCUGACUCUCAGAAUGCAUUCAAUAUGGACCUUACUUCUAAGUGGAGAAUUGAAGUAUUGGAUAGGCUCAAAAAUAGAAAUAGCAAUCAGAAGUUGGAUCUCUCCAUUUAUGGUGUGGCGGUUGAAGAAAAGGGCUGGACAAGAAGCUGUGAAGCAAGGCUUAUAAAUGGAAUUCAUACCAGUGAAGAUUGUAUAUUAUCAUUAUAUUGGCACGAUUUGGAAAAUAUAGGCACAUUGUCAGUUUUUCAACCUGAUGGUACAAUCAAUUUUAUUUUAAAUCUUGGUGAAGUAACAAGUGUUAUUAAUACAUCGGAACCUGGGUGUCCUAGAUUAACUUUGUCUUUUCCACAUCUGAACAAAAUUUCUAUUAAAAUACAAUUUAUAUCAGAAAUGGAACAAGAAGAAUGGCAAAAUGUUUUAGUAGAUAUCACUUCUCAAAUUAAUGGACUUACUGGCAAACCAUCAGCCAACUCAGUAUGGGCAAUUUCUAACUCUGGAGAUGUCCUUAACUGGGACCCAAUGCCAGCUAAGCUUAAUACUUCAAAAAAUGGUAGAUACACUAAAGAAUUUCAAGUUUUUGGCAAGGACAUUAUGUCUGGUGUAACUACACCUCUGCAUAACAACUUCCCACCAGGCAGUUCAUUGAAGAUAACUGGUUGUUUACAUGAUGUAUUAGACAGAUUCUACAUAAAUUUACAAGGACCUGAAGUUAAAAAACAGAGGCAUAAAAUUGAAAAAGAAGUUACUGAGAUUCCUUUACAUUUUAAUGUCAGGUUUGAUCAGGUAACUGUUGUGUGUAAUACAAAAGUAUCUGGUAACUGGGGUUCUGAAGAACGCCACAAACUUCCUUUAGCUCCUGGACAAGAGUUUUGUAUACAGAUAGUCUGUGAUGUAAAGGGAUUUAAAAUAUUGUUAAAUGAUGAACAUUAUUGCUCUUUUGAACAUAGAGUCAGGCCUGAAACAAUUACCUCAGUAGAUGUACAAGGACCAUUACGGCUGUUUUCAAUGGAAUAUUCUACAACAAAUGUAAUCAUUGGAGCUGAUGAAAUGUAUUGGCGGAUGAUAGGUGGCUACUUAAGAAGAGUUGAGUCCUGUCAAAAUGGUGUUGUGUGGGGUAUAUCACAUGAUCAUCGAGUUUGGGUUUACACUGGAGGCUGGGGAGGAGGUGUUCUAAAAGGUGUAGGGAGCAAAGACGGCAUACAUUCCAUGACAGAUACUCAAACCUAUUGUGUAUAUGAAAACCAGAGAUGGAAUCCGCUCUCGGGAUACACAUCUACUGGCUUGCCUACUGACCGUCACAUGUGGAGUGAUAUAACAGGAAGACUUAAAAGAACUCGGGAACACACCAAACUACUUAAUCGCCAUUGGCAUUGGAUAUCUGAAUGGAUGAUUGAUUAUAACACACAGGGCGGAGUAGAUAGCGACGGGUGGCAAUACGCGACUGAUUUUCCGGCUCCUUAUCAUGGCAAAAAAGUAUUUACUGAUUGUGUUCGUCGUCGCCGUUGGUAUAGGAAGGCUCAAAUUGUUACCGAGGGUCCUUGGAUUCGUGCCGGCAACACAGCUUUGUUAGACAUUUCUCUAUGGGCUACGGGCGACGAGGUGUCUGUGUGGGCAAUAACAUUGGCAGGAGAUGCCAUUUACCGGACAGGAGUAACAGUCUCAACACCUGCGGGCGCACAUUGGGAGCACGUCAACAACCCACAGCCCUUAGUAGCCAUAAGCACAUGUAAUCAAAUUGUAUGGGUAGUGGGCAGAAAAGGCGAACUAUAUUAUAGAGAAGACAUAUCUAAAGAAAAUCCUUCUGGUAGUAAGUGGAAAUUGAUAGAACUGCCUAAGUACAACUAUCCAUAUAGUCAAAAAUCAAGUUUCGGGGCAAAGACUGUGUCACUGACCACCACGUCAGCGUGGGUGAUUCUUUCUAAUGGUGCCAUUGCUGUAAGAUCAAAUAUUUCGAGGAACCAACAAGAUGGGAAAGAAUGGAACCAUCUUACAGAAUGUGAUUUAACUUUCAAGCAAAUAUCAGCCAUAGAACAUGAAGUAUGGGCAGUGACUACAGAAGGUAUUAUCCAACGGCGCCUGGGCGUGACUGAUGAGAAUCCUGUUGGUACCACUUGGCAACCGAUACAUUCAGGCAAUCUAGUGCAUGUAUCGGCAAGAGGAGUUUGUUUGCAGUAA